UUUCAAGACCCAGAACGCGGACGCCAUGAAGACGAGUCUCGCUAAACUUGAUUACGCCCUCUUCUUCCAUUGCUCUCUAGUUCUCUGCUUCAACCUGGGCCUCCCACUAAGCAACACAAGAGUGUCAGUGAAAAUUGGAGCUGUUCUUGAUCUUUCCCAACCAAUUGGGAACAUUGGAUUGAGCUGCAUCAACAUGGCUCUCACUGACUUUUAUCUCUCUCACCCUCACCACAACACCAGGCUCCUCUUCAUCGUCAGAGACUCUCACGGAGACGUCGUUACGGCUGCUGCUCAUGCUGCAGGUCUAAUAAAAACACAGGAAGUGGAAGCCAUAAUAGGACCAGUAACAUAAAUGGAGGCAGACUUUGUGAUCAGUCUUGGAGCCAAAGCUCAUGUAUCCAUAAUAACAUUUUCGGCAACGAGUCCUUCUCUUUCUUCACAUCGGAGUCCAUAUUUCUUUCGAACUGCACAAGUCGAUUCUGCUCAAGUAAACGCCAUUGUUGCAAUCCUGGAAGCUUUUGGGUGGAAAGAAGCAGUGCCCAUCUACGUAAACAACGAUUACGGGAAGGGGUUCCUACCCUUCUUAACUGAUGCUCUGCAACAACGGUAUGUUCGAAUCCCAUAUCUGAGUGUCAUUUCCCCAACAGCCACUGGUGAAGACAUUAGAGGAGAGCUCUACAGGCUGAUGACCUUGCAAACCAGAGUGUUCGUUGUUCAUGUGUCUUCUGAUCUGGGCUCUACUCUCUUCACCAUGGCACAGCAGAUCGGAAUGAUGACCGAGGGCUACGUUUGGAUCUCAACAGAUGGUUUGGCUAAUGAGUUGAGCUCUUGGAAUUCCUCUGUCAUAGAAUCAAUGCAGGGUGUAUUGGCAGUGAGGACCUAUAUUCCCAAAUCAAAAGCACUGGACGAUUUCAAAGUUCGAUGGAAAAGAAAAUUCGUACGAGACAAUCCAGCUAUGGUUGACACACACUUGAAUGUUUUUGGAAUAUGGGCUUAUGAUGCGACCACCGCAUUAGCCAUGGCUGUCGAGAAGGUCGGAAUCACCAAGCAUGUGUUCCGCAAAAGUAAUUCUUCAUGCAACUUAAACGAUCUUCAAAAUCUUGGACUAGUUGUUUCAUUAAAUGGUGAAAAUCUACGCCAAGCUUUAUCCAACACUAGCUUCCAAGGCCUCAGUGGAGAAUUCACUGUUGUUGAUGGACAGUUGCAAGCACCAGCGUUUGAGAUAAUAAAUGUGAUUGGCAGUGGAGAGAAAAGGAUCGGAUUUUGGAUCCCACAGAAUGGAUUAGUUGGAAGUUUGGAUUCAAGAAAUAAGGCCAUGAAUUCUCGGCCUAAAAGCAAAAUAGCACCCGUUUUAUGGCCAGGGGAUACAUAUGUUAUUCCAAAAGGUUGGGUCAUUCCAACUAAUGGCAAAAAAAUGAGAAUAGGAGUUCCAGUGAGAACUGAUUAUACUGAAUUCGUAAAAGUAACUCGUGACCCAAUCACCAAUAGAAUCGAGGUGACUGGGUUCUGCAUAGACGUGUUCAAGGCUGUGUUAGAAGUGCUGCCUUAUGCUUUGCCAUAUGAAUUUAUCCCUUUUGCAAAGGCCAAUGGGGAAUCCGCAGGAACGUACGAUGAGUUGAUCAGCCAAGUUUAUUAUGGGAACUUCGAUGCUGUGGUGGGUGAUACAACAAUUUUAGCGAACAGGUCCAAGUACGUGGAUUUCACAUUGCCCUAUACGGAAUCUGGGGUUACUAUGAUUGUUCCCAUGAAAUACGACAGAAAGAAGAAUGCGUGGGCCUUCUUAAAGCCACUGACGUGGGAGCUUUGGGCAACAACUGGCUGUUCUUUUGUGUUUAUUGGGUUUGUUGUGUGGGUGCUUGAGCACCGAAUAAAUGAUAGUUUCCGAGGUCCUCCGUCACAUCAGAUUGGCACCUGCUUAUGGUUUUCUUUCUCAACUAUGGUAUCUGCGCAUCGAGAGAAAUUGAUGAGUAACUUGGGCAGAUUUGUGGUGAUAGUAUGGAUUUUCGUGGUUCUAAUUCUGGUUCAAAGUUAUACUGCAAGUCUGACAUCACUGCUGACGGUGGAGCAGCUCCAUCCAACAAUUUCAGAUGUGAAUCAACUCAUUAUGAAUAGAUUGAAUGUGGGCUGCAAGAAUGGCUCUUUUGAGGAAGAGAUAUUGAAGGGGUUGGGAGUUAAAGAUUACCAAUUCAAAUUUUAUAAUUCAAGAAAUGGCUGCAAUGAGCUUCUCACAAAGGGGAGUGAAAAUGGAGGCAUUGCCGCUGCUUUUGGAGAAAUUCCUUAUGUGAAACUUUUUCUCAAGACUUACUGCUCUAAGUAUACCAUGGUGGAUCCCCAGUUUAAAACUGGGGGAUUGGGCUUUGUUUUUCCAAAAGGUUCUCCUCUUGUAGCCGACAUCUCGAGCGCAAUAUUAAAUGUAACGCAGGGAGAUAAAAUGACAGCAAUAGAGAAUGCAUGGUUCAAGAAAAAUGGUUGCCCAGUGACUGGUGCCUCUGUUUCUUCUAAUAGCUUGGGCCUUGAAAGUUUCUGGGGCUUAUUUCUCAUUGCAGGACUUGCUUCUCUGUUAGCACUCAUCAUCUUCGUGAUCACAUUCCUAUAUCAGCACCGCCACAUCUGGUUAGGCGAUGAUCCCAAUGCUUCGACGAGGAAGCGAAUGGCUAUCUUACUCAAAAUUUUUUACCAGAGAGACAACGAGGCAUUUCGUGCUAUGAAGCGCAGUGACACGAGGAAUAAAAGCAAUGGUUUUGGGGCAAAUGCAACGGAGACUUCCCUUGAUACACAUUGUCCAGCAAGUCCCUUCACUGAAACUGAUUCCAACUCCUCUUUCAGCGGAGGCACACGAACGUUUUCCGCUGCAGAUUAUGGUCACGCUAAUUCCAAUGGCAAUGCGGAUGCUCCUCGGGUCACACAACAUUGAUCUUCCCCACCACUCCAGAGAUAGACCCCGUAAACGACUCUUGAAUCAGAUAUCAGCCAAGAUGAGCUGUGCAUGCAUGGGUCUUAUAGCCCAUAGUAGUUAUCAUGAAUCUUCCCCACCCCCCCCCCCUUUUUUUGUUUGGGGGGGGGGGUGCCUACGAGAACGAUUAUGCAUCAUAAUGCAUACAGUGCUGCCCCAAAACAUUAGAUUUUAGUGAAAUCAUAAAUAGACAUUCUAAAAUUUAACCUAUCCCUACAUUUGACACAUGCAAUCAUACACGUGCUAAACGUUUAUAUUA